GUGCCGAGCCGUGCUCCCGUCCCGCUCAGCAGGCACAGCCAACGGCGGCAGGCGGGCAGCGGCGAUGCCGCGGGCGGGCAGCCCCCCGGCGGGCUGGGGCAUGGCACGGCUGGCCCUAGCACUGGCGCUGGCAGGGUCCCUGGGUGGCGGGCAGCACUAUGACUACUAUGGCUGGCAGCCCGAAAGCCUGUCCCACGGGCGCUUCUACGGACGGGAGCCACAGUGCCUCGACAUCCCGCCUGACAUGCAACUCUGCCACGACGUGGGCUACAAGCGCAUGCGGCUGCCCAACCUACUGGAGCAUGAAACCAUGGCCGAAGCCAAGCAGCAGGCCAGCAGCUGGGUGCCCCUGCUUGCCAAGCAGUGCCACACCGACACCCAGCUCUUCCUCUGCUCCCUCUUUGCCCCCGUCUGCCUUGACCGACCCGUCUACCCUUGCCGCUCCCUCUGUGAGGUGGUGCGUGACUCCUGUGCCCCUGUCAUGGAGUCCUAUGGCUUCCCCUGGCCUGAGAUGCUGCACUGUGGCAAGUUCCCCUCCGACCAUGAGCUCUGCAUCGCCGUUCAGUUUGGGAACAGCAAGGCCACCCCACCGCCAGUGUCCAAGAUCUGCACCCAGUGUGAGAUGGAGCACAAAGCAGACGGCAUGAUGGAGCAGAUGUGCUCUAGUGACUUUGUGGUGAAGAUGCGCAUCAAGGAGAUGACAGAGGAGAACGGGGAGCGGCGGCUGGUGGCCGCCCAGAAGAAGAAGGUGCUGAAGCUGGGCCCACUCAAGCGCAAGGACACCAAGAAGAUGGUGCUGUACAUGAGGAACGCGAGCACCUGCCCGUGCCCCCAGCUUGACAGCCUCAGCGGCAGCUUCCUGGUAAUGGGCCGCAAGGUGGGCGGCCGCCUUCUCCUUCUCGCUGUCUACCCCUGGCAGAAGCACAACAAGGAGAUGAAGUUCGCUGUCAAGUUCAUGUUCUCCUACCCCUGCCCUCUCUACCACCCCCUGCUCUAUGGGGCUGGGCAGCACUAGGGCUCUGCCCACCCUGCCCUACCCUGGGACUCCUGCACUGACCUGACGCUGCACCCCUGGCACCCUGGCUGCACCCUUGGCAACCCUGGUUGCACCCCAGGACCCCAGCUGUGCUCCCCUCAGCCCCCUGACUGUGCCCCAGGACCCUGCUCUGCACCCCUAGGAUUCCCAGCUGCAUUCAUGGGAGCCUUGAUCCACAGCCAGGGCCCCUGUCCCAUCAUGAGAGCCCUGCUCCGCACCCCUGGGACCCCUGUUCUGCUCCCAGGACCCCUGCCCACACCCAGGAGCUUAGGCUGCACCCAGGACCAUUGCUCUGCAUGCUUAUGAGCCCUGGCCUGUACCAGAGACCCUCAGCUACUAUAAAGCUCUCUGCCCGGCACCCCAGGGACCCUUGCCUGCAUUUAGGAACCCUCCUUGGCCCUCUUGGGAUCCCUUGGCUGCACCUGAGACCCCUACCCUGCACACCUGUGUCCCCUACCCAGCUCCCUGCUGGCAUGCCCCAGACCCUCAGCCCCGCAAAUCCCUACUCCAGCCCACCAAAGCUUCCCAUGCCCUCACGGUGAGCUCACACCCCAGCCCUGGAUUAUCCCACCUUUGCAGGGACCCACCCCAGUCGAAGCAGGUCCUUCCUGCCCCACUGCCCCACAAACUGGUCUCCUCAAGACUAAGUGCCCAGAGCAGCACAGUCCACCCCAGACCAGCCCUGCUGCAUCCCUCAGACACACUCCCACUAAGGCCCAGCCUAGGCUCCCUUUACCCAUCCACACUACAGUAAAUUAUGUUGCCUCAGAGAAGCCUGUGUCCAGCUCCCUGUGGUUCAUGGGCAACUGCCCCUUGGGCCUCCCUCAGGGACCCCAGGAAGGAUGGGAGGGGGCUCCUGGUCCUGCCCACUAAGUCAUGUGACCCGAGGGAGCAGGGUCACCCUGGACUCCAGCUUUAGCCCAGCUCCAGGCACCAUGCCCAGAGCCCGAGGCUGGGCAGCCUGGCCAGUUUGAGGGAUGAGGUUCCCAGCAGUGAGAGGCAUUACUGGACACUCAGGCAUCCCUGCCACUUCAGGGAGCCUGGGAAGGCAGCAAGAUGAGGAGGAUGAGGGGGAUGGGGAGCCCUGCAGCUAGGUCUGAGGGUUUUUGCCAGAGAGGUUUCUCCCAUCACCCCUGGGGGACGGAUCCACAGGCUGGAAGAUGGAGGGGCACGUGAGGAGCCUGGCACUUAGUGUAGUGGGUGGGGGGCAGAUCCUGGGCCAGGAUCCCUUCUUCCAUCCCUGGGCCCCUCACCUUCACACCAGCCAGCCCUGCCCUGCUGCCAGACCUCCCACUCGACAGCCUACAGCCUCCUCCCAAAAGGUUCUCUGGGGACACACACCUGCACCAGCCAGGACCCCCCCAGCAGCACCAGGGCAGCCCUCAGCUGGGCCCCUCUGACAACAGCAGGGUACUUCCCCUUGGCUUGGCUCGCCCAGCCCUGGAGCAAGGGCUGCCUCUGCUCCAGCAGCCCCCCCAGUCCCAGCAAGCAUGGGGGGCAGCACGCCUGCCCCGUCCCACUCCAGCCCUAUUUAUCCAGCGCAUUCUUGUGUUCACCCGUCCCACCGGGUGAGGGAGGCACGAAGGUGGCUGCUGUGAUAUUUACCCAGUGCCUGGCUGCCUGACACUGCGGCUUCUCACCGGAGCUGGCCCCACCACAGGGGAGCCUCCCAGGACAAGAGGGGAAUUGAGGCUGCAGGACACCCGCACCCACCCUCCUCCUGGCUGACGAGGCCACCGGGCACCUGCCCCACACCAGGGUGAUCCCUGCUCCCUCUGCACCCCUCGGGGACAGCCUUGGAUCUACUGGCCCUCCCCCACAGCCCAAAAGGGCAUCUGCACCCCACUCAAGCUGGGGGGAUGUGCCCCUGCCCCACAGCCGGCCAGGGACACAGGGCAGCCGGCCCCGGCCACAGCCUGACACUGGGGGCAGGCAGUUGCUGCCCCCACCCUCCACCCUGGCUCAUAUGGAAAAAAACUGGGGAAAACUCAAAUAUUGUUAGAAGGUAUGUUCCAAGAGAGGCUGCUGAGCAUGCCGCAAUAGGA